GUUGCGAAGGAAGACAUCAGUCUUAAUGAGCUAAAAGUGUUGGCUAAAGAGGAUAAAUCAAUUAGACCUAUUCAAGGGAUCAUCUCUUCUUUCCUUGGAAAACCAUGGGAGAUUAUAAUUGCAAAAGAACUUCCAGAGUGCACAAAAGCAGAACAGUUGCUUCGUUUUGCUGUAAGUUUUACAAACCAUAGUACACUAUUUUUUUCUCUGUUGAUGCUAUGUACUCAGGUGAAUAUGAUGCUUGUGAUGUUGCUCUGAGUGUGGGUAUACACUCAGAGUAACAUCACAAGCAUCAUAUUCACCUGAGUACAUAGCAUCAACAGAGAAAAAAAUCAUGAUUACUAGAUUACAUUGAUAUCGAAGGAACUAGAUUCUGUUCCGAAAUAUUACUUACUCGAACCGACCUGACCGCGUAGCUCAGUUGGCAGAGCAUUAGGCUAGUAUUCCAAAGGUCGUAAGUUCGAUUCCCACCGAGGACAGGCAUAUUUUUCAAGCUUGCCCGGUGUGGAUAUACACUCAGAGUAACAUCACAAGCAUCAUACUGUAGUACACUAGUGAUGAUACAGUAUUUCAAAUUGCUUAAUUAUUGUACUAACUUAAUUAUAUUGAGUAUUUUUGCACAAGUGAAUAUAACAAAUCCUACAAGUUGAUUGGUCAAAUUUGGAGUAUUAAGCUAUGUAGCUUAACAGGUGAAUAUAACAAAACCAAAAUUUUCAAAACGGCGGCUAGCCAUUUUGUGGAAGACUUUGUCUUGGCGAAUAUUCCCCGAUAAUCACUUUGGCGAAUAAUUGUUAAAUGUUUACAAUUUUCUAGGCAUUGUCAAAGGGGUAAUUAUGUACUGCAGUUUCCAUAUUUAUAAUACAAAUACCCAUUCCAUUGACUGACCAUUGUCAUUGCUCAAAUGGCGCCCGACGUUAUUCUUUUACUUUGUCUAAUGCCAGAUGAUUUUACUUGUCAAGGUGUUAGAGUCUGGCACCUUAAUUAAUGUGCUAACAUUAUUCUCUAUCUGUGAAUUUCUGCUGUUAAUCCAUUGACUGGCAAUGCGCCCCACUUUAUUUGUGAACUGCACUGUCUAAUCUAUUACCUGUGGUUUAGGAAACCUCGCUAUGAUGCAGUCAGUUAGUGCUUUUAUGGUGUACCAUGCUUCCGAACAUUGGUGAUAAGCUACUGCCGGCCCAUUUCAACUUUGGUGAAAGUUGUCCAUCAAAUUUAAUUAAUCAAGGACAGAGGAAUGCAUGUGGUUGGUUAAAUGAUCUAAUAAGAAUGUUUAGCCAUGAAGGUGACUGGCUCUUCGAUAUCAACUCUUCACAAGGUACCCUAUAGUAAUUAAUAUCUGUUUGGCUACAGUGCGACAGGAAAGCUUUGUUACUUUACAGCAUGGGUGGAUUUACUGGGGGGAGGGGUUAACCCCCCCCCUAGAAUCUUUCUAACCCCUCCAAUAAACUGUUCAACCCCACCAAAAUUUCACUUCACCCCUCCUAUUUUGUGUGAAAGGCUUUAACCCAAAUGCCUAACCCCUGCUGAAGCUCACUGAGUGAUGCCGCUUGUACCCCACCAGAAAUGUUUCUACCCCUCCUUUUGCAUAAAUGAAAAUCCGCCCUUGCUUUACAGUGAAUACUGUCCAUGCUUAUGUAGCCCAAGUGGAGGCCCACCGAGGGAAGAAUAGUGGGCCUGCAAGGAAGACCAGGUGUUUUGUGAAACGCCCUUUUCAUAACAUGCCCCAUUUGUGCAUCAAUUGUCAAAAAAGAACCAAUGACAGCAACCCAAAUGGUAUUACACAAACUCGCAUUAAAAUGUUGUGGGGUUUUCUCUGCGUAUUCAGAAUAGAAACAAUGUGUAAAUGGCUAUGUUUAACUCUAAAUAAGCAAGCAAACCAGUCAGCUUCAAAUCAUUGCCCAAUUUGCAAGUGCUCAUUUUCACUUACGUAGUUUCACAAAGGACGAAAUUGAUUUCAGUUAUUUAAUUUGGUAAAGAACUCGACAAAAGAAGAAAGAGAUCAGAGUCCAGAUAUUUUCAAACGGUAAUAACCAUCUUCUGUUUCGCCCUCUCAGAGAGGAAGCCCUGCUAAUUGCAAAGUGUUUUGAAUAGGCUUACUUGCAACUACCUCUAAAUCUUCACCUGGCAUGAAAAGUGCUGUUUUCUUCAGUGUAAGAACAGAGUCAACAUGAACCAAAACAUAAUUUUCUUAAGGAACAUAUAAACGUAUCAAAUUUGUUUGAAAUUAACAAAACUCAAGUAUUAAAAGGUUUAUCUAUAGUUUACCCCAGUGGUAAUGUUGCUAUUCUAACACUUCAUGACAAGCAAUCCCCGCUGGCAUAACAGCAAAAACAACUCUUCCUUCAAGUAAACAAUAAACGGUCGGUUCUUGUACUGGUCAUUAUUAAUCGAAAAAAGUGAUCAGAUGCAAUAUUAAGCUUAUUGAGAGCCUUUGUGAUGAAUCACUGAUCUAAUUAUAGAGUCUAACAGCAAAGAGCCAAUCAGCAUGCUGCGUUCGUGUGCGAACACGACAAAUACAAAAUACCCAGUCUUCCUUGCAGGCCCACUAUUCUUCCCUCGAUGGGCCUGCAUGCAGCUAAUGCUCAAGCAGUAAUAUACAUUAUACAUAAGUACAUUGUACAUACGAUUCUAUUCAGUAUAUACUCUAAUAUUCAGUAUUUGUAACUUAUUACAGGCAAUGCAGUUAUUGCUGCAGUUGGGAUAAAGCGAAAUGGUCUUUGUAUUGUCCAGUCUGAUGAUGAGGAAUUCGUCACGAAAAGAAACUUUAGAAAGCUGAUCAUGGAUGGCAAGUAAAACAACUAUAAGACCGUAGAAUUUGUAGAUGUAGAUAGAGUACUCGACUUUCAUGUUUAUAUAUUUAUAUUAUUUCAAGAAUUACAUGGUUUCUAAACCAGGCAUGCACAUGUACAUCUUAACUUUUUUCUAUUAACUUAUAAAAGGACCUAUUGGCUUCUAAGGGGGUCAGAAAUUCUGAACCCUGUGUCUCGAGAUUUAUCCGCAUUUUUUGCAUGAUUUUGCGGAAUUCUAUGUUCAGGGUUCAGAUUUUCUGACACCUUUUUACAACAUUGGGGCCUAAAGCCUUCAGAAAUCAAUUUAGUAUUUUGAUUUCUAAGGGGUCAGAAAUUCUGAACCCUGUGUCUCGAGAUUUAUCUGCAUUUUUUGCAUGAUUUUGCGGAAUUCUAUGUUGCAGGGUUCAGAUUUUCUGACACCUUUUUACAACAUUGGGGCCUAAAGCCUUCAGAAAUCACUUUAGUAUUUUCGCUUCUAAGGGGGUCAGAAAUUCUGAACCCUGUGUCUCGAGAUUUAUCAUUUUUGCAUGAUUUUGCGGAAUUCUAUGUUGCAGGGUUCAGAUUUUCUGAUACCUUUUUACAAUAUUGGGGCCUUGAUUAAUUAAGCCUUCAGAAAUCACUUUCGUAUUUUGGCUUCUAAGGGCGUCAGAAAUUCAAUAAAAAAAGCAAGGAAAACAAAUCUAUCUGAAGACUGGGAAAGAUACCGAUGUCUCAGAAAUUGUGUAACAAAUAAAAUUAAAGUUGCUAAAGGGUGCUACAAUAGGCAACUUAUCGAAGAAAAUAGUGGAGAUCCGAAAGCUUUCUGGAAAACGGUAAAAAAAAAAUUCCUGGAGAAACUAAAGAAAUGCCUGCGAGGAUGAAGAUUGGAGACAAUAUUUCAUGGGAUACAAGGGUAAUUGCGAAUGCGUUGAAUAGUUUUUUGCUGGGCUGCUCGUCGUCUUUUUGACUCUUUUAACGAAGCUGUGUCUGUUGCAUUCAAUAAUGUUAAACGUACUGGAGAUUUUGCCCAAGCCGAUCAGCGCCUGCCCUUUGAAUUCCAGAAAACUUUGAAGUUUCAGAAAACUUUGUUUUUUGCCAGCUUCGCCGUCUCAAAACUAGUAAAGCAGUCGGACUGGAUGAUAUUCCACCGCGGUUACUUAAAGAUGCCGCACAUAUUGUCACAAAGCCUUUAACAGUUAUCAUUAAUGCAUCGUUGCACCAGGCUAAAGUGCCUGUGGAGUGGAAAUCAGCACGUGUCAUUCCAUUGUUCAAGAAAGGUGAUGUUAAUAACAUGGACAAUUACCGUCCUAUCUCUAUCUUGCCCAUUGCCUCCAAGCUGUUGGAGAGAGCUGUACAUACACAGCUUGUCACAUACAUUCAAGAACACAAUCUUUUAAGUCUUUAG